AUGUCGAUCACUGCACUAUCUUUAUGCCCCUUCAAUGCUCUGCCCAACGAGUUGGUCAUGAGUAUCAUCGAGCGCAUCCCAAAUGAGAACGCUAAGGACAUAUGUCACCUUAGUCUGACCAGCCGGCGGAUGUACACGCUUUCGCUCGAUCAUUUGUACAGAAACCUUUUCGUACGACGUCCUUGGCCACUGUUACGUACGCUAUGUGCAAAUCCAGAGCUUGGGAAUCGAGUGCGAAACCUCACGUGGAAGCACGAUUUCGACGAUCAUGACGAUACCGAGGAGAAUCAAGCAGUCUUCCUCAUAUGCAUUAGGAUUCUAGAGCUGCCAGAAAAGGACAGAUUGAUGUCUAAUGCUACUGGCACACGACGCGAUGACGAAUUUCUGGAGAUACUUCUAAUGUUCACCCCGAAUGUCGAUACACUUGUCGUUGCAGACAAAGCCUUCUGGCCAGACGACAAAUACUGGUUCACGACUAUUGCGAACCAUCCAGAUCGUUUCAUACACCUGAAGAGCAUCAACAUACACGGUCCGCUGUCGUUAGAAGCCAUAGCAUACAUUUUCCUCCUUCCUUCACUCCACGAUUUUACCGCUUCGGACCUAGUGCUCCUCGAUCAGAACAACAAACGCCCGACUUGGGACCAAGACAUUCCAAUUCAGACUGUGCUAGAUCCCGCAUCUUCUCAAUGCCAGGAAAUCACGCUGAAACGAUCCGUUGUGGAGGUGCCGACGUUGAGGUACUUCACCGAAGCUUGCAGGAUUUUGAAGAGUUUCUCCUACGAACAGGACAUCAAUAAUGAUCAACGCGGCAUAUACUCUCCAAGCCUCUUGACCAAGUUCAGCGAGCUUGCGGGAGCGUUCAUACACAAUCGCGCAACGAUUGAGCGUCUCUCCAUCCGAGGCGACCAACAAAUGCUUUGUCAGGGGCACGUGCUGCAGAUAGCACGCCUGGCUUCGAAUAUGACAAGUCUUCGCUCGUUGGAUAUGGGCUUGAUAACACACGACGACGAGCCGAUUAAUUGUACUUCCGAUUUCGUUGCGAAACUAGUGCAUCAUCUUCCACCAUCACUGGAAGAGGUGAGCUUUGAGAUUGACUGGCAAGAACACUGGGGUUCAAAGGGGUGGGAGGGCCCGACAGAGAUGCUGCGCCAUCUUGCUGAGAUGGCUACUCCGAAGCUGUCUCUGAAGAGAGUUGCUGUAGUGGACUGGCCACCUUUCUUGGGUCACUUUCCACCAGAUUUUGCGAAGCUACACCAGUGCUUUGCCGAGCGCAACAUAGACUUCGUAUCAAUUCCCGCUCAUGUUGAGGGGCCGGAUCCACUGCAAUUGCUGGACUACGUAGAGCCAGGGUGGGUGUUUGUGCAGGUAGCUGAUGCGGAGUAUGCGUAA